UCUCCCUCUCUCUCUUCCCUCCCUGUUCCUCUCCCUCUCCUCUCUCUCAGCUCCCUAAUAUUAAAGAGAAAAUGCUGCUAUCAGUGACUUCCAGACCUGGGAUUUCGACUUUUGGCUAUAACAAGAACAACAAAAAGCCAUAUGUGUCAUUGUCUCAGCAGAUGGCACCACCUAGUCCAAGCAACAGUACCCCUAACAGCAGCAGUGGGAGCAAUGGAAAUGACCAGUUGAGCAAAACCAACCUCUAUAUCCGGGGUUUGCAACCAGGCACUACUGACCAGGAUCUUGUCAAGUUGUGUCAAUCAUAUGGCAAGAUUGUCUCCACUAAGGCCAUACUGGACAAGACCACAAACAAAUGCAAAGGCUAUGGCUUUGUGGACUUUGACAGUCCUUCAGCCGCACAGAAGGCUGUAACAGCACUGAAAGCCAGUGGUGUCCAGGCACAGAUGGCAAAGCAACAGGAGCAGGACCCCACAAAUUUAUACAUAUCAAACCUCCCACUGUCAAUGGAUGAGCAAGAACUGGAGGGAAUGCUGAAGCCCUUUGGCCAGGUUAUCUCCACUCGAAUCCUUCGAGACACCAGUGGGACCAGCAGAGGGGUUGGCUUUGCAAGGAUGGAGUCCACAGAGAAGUGUGAAGCCAUCAUCACCCACUUUAAUGGAAAAUAUAUUAAGACACCCCCUGGAGUACCAGCCCCAUCUGAUCCGUUGCUUUGCAAAUUUGCUGACGGUGGUCCAAAGAAACGACAGAACCAAGGAAAAUUUGUGCAAAAUGGAAGGGCCUGGCCAAGGAAUGGUGACAUGGGUGGUAUGGCCUUGACCUAUGAUCCCACUACAGCUCUUCAGAAUGGGUUUUACCCAGCUCCUUAUAACAUCACCCCUAACAGGAUGCUUGCUCAGUCUGCACUCUCCCCGUAUCUUCCAUCUCCUGUAUCUUCGUAUCAGAGAGUAACUCAGACAUCUCCUCUACAAGUACCUAACCCGUCUUGGAUGCACCACCAGUCAUACCUCAUACAGCCUUCAGGUUCAGUUUUGACACCAGGGAUGGAUCACCCCAUUUCUCUCCAGCCUGCCUCUAUGAUGGGACCUCUUACCCAGCAACUGGGCCACCUCUCACUCAGCACCACGGGCACGUAUAUGCCAACAGCUGCAGCUAUGCAAGGAGCUUACAUCUCCCAGUACACCCCUGUGCCUUCUUCCAAUGUUUCAGUUGAGGAGAACAGCGGCCAGCAAAAUCAAGUGACUAUGGAUGCUCCCUCAGACCAUGGGGUCUAUUCUUUCCAUUUCAACAAGUAACAGUGGAUUCCCCUCCCCGUCUUUGUUGAAUACAAAUGAAUUCUUGGAGAUGCCGAUGCUCCCAGACUCCAGAGGGUGAACCAGGAAUACAGAUCAUCUGUGGGCCCUGCUAAGACCUAACACUUGGCCAUCGUUUUUCACAGGCCUGGGCCUAAGAAAGAAAUCUCUGCACUCCUGUCCUCUGCUCUUCCUCCAUUCCUGAUGGAGCCUGGGGGAACUGUCACUUUUGGUGUGUGCUACAUUCAAGGAUAUCGAAAAACCUUUUUUUCUUUCUUUUGCAAAGAAAGUUUUAUGUUUUGUAUAUAUAUUUUUUAACUACAAUAUACUCUUCCCCUACCCCAAAGAGACAUGGUGCCUGGAGCUUCUGAUCUUUAUGAAAAGCACUUCUUUGAUGUGUUGAACUUAUUUGGGAAGGCUUUUAAAAAUUUUUGUUAUUUCUUAAGAAAAAAGGAAGGAGUGGUGCUAGAACAUUGAAGGAGUCCUACUGUGGGCCCUUCUUACUGAGUUUAGUUACGGACUUUUUUUUGGUGUGUCUAAGAAAAUAUGCAGUUUUAAAUUUUUGUUUUAUAAAGCUCUUAACUCACACAUCCCAUCUUUUCUUCACUCAUUUUAUGCCUGCCUUCUCUCAUCCAGAUUUUUCUUCUCUUUUCCAUACAACAGAACUUGACUAUUUCAACUUUUUCCUUUUUUUAAUUUUGUGAAUUUCUCUUUUGAAUGAAAUUUUCACAUGGAAUUUUCGUUGCUUGUAAGUUAUAGAAGGGUAGACUUAACUGACUUCUGAGUAAUUCUUCUCACUGCCAAGGCCAACACCCUCUAAGGAAGUGUCUUCUCUAGCUAUAGCUUUUCAAAAAUACCAGCUUUCCUGCUUCCUAGAGGUUCUUAUCUGCUCUGGGUCUAAGGGGCCCCUCUCUUCCCCAUCCCACAUUGCUGUGCUGGGAGCCUUUGCAGUUAUGACCUUGCUGAAUCCACUUAGGCUCCUUCCCCACUGUGGAAGUUGCUUCACCUCCAGACUGGUGGUUUUAAAGAUGGUUUUGUCCCCUAGAGACCAUUUUGCAUUCCCUGGAGACAUUUUUUAUUGUGGUGCCUGUGGGUGGGGGCUGUGUGCUACUGGCAUCUAGUGGCUAGAGACCAGGGAUGCUGCUAAACAUACUACAGUGCACAGGAGAGCCCCAACACCCCCAGCAAAGAAUUAUCUGGCUCAAAAUGUCAGUAGUGCAAAGGCUGAGAAACCUUGAUGGAGACGUGUUGUCCCUGACUCCUGAUCAGAGGAUUUGGUAAGUUUCCACUCCAACCCUGGACACACAGUGCCUUUUGAUACUAGUGCAACUAGUUGAAAGUGACAGAAAUGGGGUCCUUUAAGUUUCCUCAAGCUUUGACCUUUGAUACCUCUGCAUACCCUCGAAAGGCUUGUGCUGUUAUGCACACACACAUACAUAAGGAUCAAAGUGUAAGGACUGUUCGGUGUGUGUGCUGUGCAGGGGUGGGAAAGGACAAAGCUCUCUGUCACUGUCCUGCCCUGGUGUGUUUGGGCCCCUUUGCCAGGAACCAGUAAUUUUCCUUCUUGUGGAAAGACAACAGGGAGCUAGGAUAGAAAAUGGCAAUAAAUCCCAUCUCAUUAUUUAUAAUAUCGGGAAUCUUCUAUUUUUUUAAGAGUACCUUUUAAAAGCCUAAAUUUUCUCUUCAACUCCCAUCUCCUGCAAAUCCUCACUCUAUACACAUGGAGACAGAGGAGAAAGCCUUCCCCCAUCUCCUAGGAAAUACUGUCCCGCACCCACCUUCUCCCAGGCCUUCCCUUAUACACUGAAAGUUCUGCUCCCUUCACUUCAAGGUCAGGUGCCUUUCCACCAGACGAUCAGAGCGAAGGCCAGAUGACAGGGGAUGGAAACAGGUGUUCAGCAGGCUGGCUGUCAGGAGAGGAAGGAUAUGAUGUUAGGGGGGGGAAGCUGUAUUGGGCACAGCUUCCCUUCCCCUCCACUCACCCCAGAAUUGAGAGUCCAAAUGUCCCCUACCCUUAGACUGUCCUUUUGUACAUCCCCCGUGUGUGUGUGUGUGUGCGCGCGUGUGUGUGUAUGGGGGGGGGACGACACAAUGGAUAGGAUAUAAAGUGUAAAGGACAAAAUUGCCACUAUUAAUUUCUCGUGGUGCUUCCAACCUCAGGAAGGGUUCAUCCAAUAAACAGCCCCAAGCUCAAUAACCUUCUAGAAGGGUUUAGCUGGGCAGGUAGCUCAUUUCCUACUUAAGGAAAGUACACUGUAGAUUUCUUGUCAGUAGCCUUGAGGAAAAAGAGAAAAAAAAUCUAGAUUCCUGUUUAUUUGAUAGUAGCUUGGAGGGGCCUUACUAUGUGUUUCAGUGCAGUGGGGACCUUUCACAGGUGGAAACCAUUUAUGUCACUGCUGCCCCUCCUCUGCCUCCCAGAACUCCUGAUUCUCUGUAUUAAAAAAAAGUUUAAAUGUC